AUGGCAGGGAAACCGCCGGUCCCCGACUUCAGGGCGACAUCCUGCAACCAAGAACCCAACGUCAGCGCAGCUCGUUCUCUUUCCUACCAGGACGAGAGCUAUCUGCACGGGUUUUUUGGAACUGUGGGCGACUUACAGAAGGCUGGGGUACUGCAGGAUGUCGUCCUUGAAGUCGGGGACCGGCGGUUUCCCUGCCAUCGGCUUGUUCUGUCCGCGGCCAGCCCCUACUUCAGGGCCAUGUUGACAAGUGACAUGGCGGAAAGUCGUCAGAAGACGGUUGUUUUACAGGGGUUGGAGGCAGGCUCGUGUGGGGAGAUCCUGAGUUACAUCUACUCCGGAACCCUCCAUGUGUCCAUGGACAAAGUGCAGCCCCUGUACCAGGCAGCCGACCUCCUCCAACUGGACUAUGUGAGAGACACCUGCAGCAGCCACAUGGCCAUGAACGUGGAGCGCUCCACCUGUGUGGACCUGUACAAGUUUGCUGAUGUCUUUUCUCUGGACAUUGUCCUGAAGAAAUGUCAGCAGUGGAUCGCCAGACACUUUACUGAGGUUGCCUCUAGUAAGGAGUUCUGCAGCCUGAGUGUGAAUCAUCUGGCUAAGAUCAUCAGCCAUGAUAAGCUGGAUGUUAAAGAGGAGACAACAGUGUGGGAGGCUGUGGUGAGAUGGGUGCAGCACAGCAGGGAGGACAGACUGCACCACCUGCCCAGCAUCCUCCCUCACAUCCGCUUCAACCUGCUGACCUCAGACGACACGGCAGCCAUCUUGGAACACCCCCUGGUCAAGGAGGAUCCUGGGAGUUCUGAGGUCAUCAGGAAUGUGGUACAGAAGAAGAACCCCGACCUGAAGCUGAGGCUUGGGAUGACCACAGAAAUGGUUCUGCUGUACAGUUCAAGUUUAGACCAGAUCCUCUUCAUGAACCCUCACCAAGGCCAGUACAUCAGCCACGACUAUGCCUAUUCUAUAGAUGAUUUCAGGGCCAUGACAGUCACCAGUGAUAACAACAUCUACAUCCUGAGAGAUGGAGGUGGCCCCUGUUAUAUGUCCAUACGUCAGUACAACCAUGCAGAGAAUGGGUGGAUAGAUGCUGGUAUGUCCCCAGUGUCUGUGCCGGCAAGUCCAGAAGAGGAUUUUGCAUUCUUCGACGAUUUCCUUUUUGAAGUUGAUGGAAUGUUAUACCACGUUGCGGUGUUAGGGGAAUAUAACAACGUACUGAACUAUGUCAGGAUGAGGAGGUAUAACCAGCAUACAGACCAGUGGCAGGAGUGUUCACAGCUGGUACUGGAUGAAAUUUCAACAGAGUACGCGAUGAUAUCCUGCGGUCGCAACCUGUAUUUCCUCUCAGCCUGGGAAGUGCGUCGCUACGACCCGGGCCAGGACUGUUGGUGCAAGCGGACCCCACCGGAAUGCAUACCCGACAUUUGUUCAGCUGUUGCCAUGGGAACCGAGAUUUUCUGCACUGAUCGUCCCUUCAGCCAGACGAUGGUGUACAACACGGUGUCAGACAGCUGGCAGGAACUGCAGGGAUGGCCGGACCAAGGAAACCGGGAACGUGCUGUUGGUUUUGUCCCCGGUCUCUUCAUACUGGAGAACCAGCUGCACAUAUGGAUAGAAGCUGAGGACGGUUCCAUAGAAGACUCAACAGAACAUCUGAUGUACGUGUACGAUAGGUCAGCUGAUGCCUGGAGAGACUUGGAGGUCACCCUACCUGAUGAGAGGCAUCGCAGUGUGGAGGGACGUUCCCUGUACCAUGUGGCACGUUUUUACUUACCAUAUCUGACAAAGCCAUGAGAAUGUAGUGAUAGUGAUCCAGAAGAUCUUCUGAACAAUCACCAUCAUGAGUUAUAUGACAGGAAAUAUGAUAUGGAGAAAUAUCUAUUUCCUUCCAGGAUAUUUGAGCCAGUCAAGUGACAUAGUAUUGUGAACAACUCGGG